AUGGCGUCGGCGGCAGCCCUAGGGCUGACGAGCGCCAGGGAUCUGUGGGAAGAGUUGAAUGAUUCACCCGUUUGGCAGGAUCGGAUCUUCUACACGCUCGCUGGGCUCUUCGGUUUGGUUGGACUCGUCGCUCUCGUAUGUUAUCGUCCUCUUCCCCAUUUCCCAUCUUCCUUUUCGAUUCUCGAUAUUUUUGCUUGUAGAACACCUCCAUCUCUCGUCAUUCUUCCUUUUUCUGUUACUGUGUAUCCGUAAGGAUGUAGAGUUUGGAAGAUAGUUUGAUUUUACGUUGUGCUAUACCUAGGGGAUGGUAAAAUUUGUGGAAAGAGACAAAUUAGGAUUCUCUGCUCUAACAUCGUUUGCCUGAGAACGGCUGCCCAAGAAUAAUGAUCGCCUGGGAAUAAACGGUCAGAUUAAGGGUUAUUCAUAUCUAAGUGAUGAUAAUACCUUCGGAAAACUGGUUAACCAUAUGGCGAAUAUCCAUUAAAGAAAUGAUGGAGGAUCUUUGCGUCUAUCGUACAGCAGUUCAGCUGAUUCUCUUGGAUGGAUUACAUCCAAAUCAAUGUUUUAAAAUUUUCAAACUGGAUAAUACUAUCGUCAGGUUGAAAAAGUAAACGAUGAAGGGAAAAACAAAGAGGCGAGCUAUAGCGUCUUGUUGUAUUUCACAAAUGAAUAAUCCUGAUCAGAUAAAUCAAAAUCAGAUGACAGGGUUUCAAGUCCUCAAAUCAAUCGUACUGCACUGUUCAUGAAGCAGCAUUUGAAAGAGAUUCUCAUAAAUCAAAAGCAGCAUUUUAAUAUAAUGGCUUAUAUUAAAAUUGACGCUUUAAGUUUUCAAUAUUAGGAUUGGAAACCAAACAACAGAGAUAACCUAAAUGACAAAUGAUAAGAACAUGAUCUGCAAUGAAGUAUCACUAAAUUUCAAAAAAUUAUAUUGCUGGAAGGAUCAAUCAAUAUUUAGAAACAAUGUUUACACAUCCUCAAUUAAAGCCCAGUGGGCAGUGUCACACUCCAUACUUAUCUGCGUGACAGGCAUCAUUGGCACGGUUGGAUGCUAAUGGACAGUUUCAUUAAGCUAAUGUAUCAGGUGUAGAUCAAGGUGCUGACCCUAAAACUGAAUGGCACAGAUGUAAAUCAAGUAAAAGAAACUAAAUAACAUUAUCGUUGCGUAUCUGUAAAGGCCAUCAGCGAUCAAAAAGGAAAACAUCUUGUAAAUCAUUUAGCUCUGAUGCUUUCGGGAUGGCAGAAUAUCAGUACCUCACUCAAGGCAAAUUUAUACCGUGAGUGACCAUGUCUCCUGGUGUCUUGAGAUUCUAUCAUUACUCUCCAUGAAGAGAUGAGUGAGGGCAUCAGGGAAAGCAGAAAGAGAAAGUUGGUAACACCCAUAUAGAGUAUGAAAAGGCUUUUAUGUUAAUGUUGAGAGAGAGAGAGAGAGAGAGAGAGAGAGAGAGUAGGAGAGUAGUGUAGUUGGUUAAACUAUUUGUUUUUGAAAGCAAAAAAUGGGCAACUGGUUGGGGAAUGAUCAGAGUUAAGCCAACCUUCUCAGGCUCAAUGGUGGCAGUGAACUUGGCACUAGUUCUUUCUUGCUUUAAACAUUGAGCCAACUUGAUCAUAAAGAGCCCCUUCCAACUUGACCAUAGACUCGAUAUUUGGCUAUUAUCGAUUAUAAAUCUUACCAUCCAGAUGUUGUGAUAUAAUUUUUUGUCCAAUAUAUCUAAUAGUUCAUGCGGAAAACUGAGAAAGGAAAUCCGAAAAUAAUUUGGAUCUGCUGUGGAUCGCUCUUCUUAUUUUUCUACUAUGAGUGGAACGAAAGUAAUGCAAUGCAAAUGUACUACUCUGCUUGGUUAUCUCGUUAGCCACAGAGUGUUUCACCACCAUUUUUUGCUUUUUAUUCAGUCCCCAAAUGGUUCGACAAUAGCACCAAGUGUAUCCUUUUUGGUCCCAUACCUUUCGAUAAUCUAUCUAUUUAGUUCUGGAACACAGACUGAUUUAAAUGAACAGAAUAAUUUGCAUGUUGGUUAUCUUGACCGGAGCUAACUUUAUUUCUAUGUUGCAUGGUGCUUCUGAUGGAGCUAUAGUUCUUAAUUGACACUUAUAGCAUGAGUUGAAGGCUGACAUUCCAAAAGCAGCACGUGCAUCAUAAUGGGUGGGCUUAAGCAUAAACUACGAUUCGCAUAUGCAUUAAUCUGUGUAAAAUACUGUACUUAGAAGUUUACUCUUGAGACAACUGUGUCCUCAACAGUUAUUUGUGGUGGCUUGUGUUGUGGAUCUGAGCACUGGACUAAUAGGUGGUGGUUUCAUCAAAAUCGGACAUCAUGGAUAUGGUUGCGUCCCAGUGACCUAGUGGACACAAAUAAUACCACAUUUGAUAUUUUGGUGGAUGAUGGGAUAUUGACAGCGGCAUUUUUGAUAGCACCUUUUGCAGUCAAGAUAGGGCAGCAGAAAUGGUAAGCGUGCCUCAUAGAUCCCAAAAGUUUUUAUGAUGAUGGUAAAAACAAAAGCAGAGGCUGUGAAGUUGAUGGUAAAAAUAUUGGAAGCUAGAGAAGGGAUUCCACUAAUGGUGAAGAAACGUGUGACUACAAUUCCAGACAUGAAUUGAUAAACUCUAAAUGAUCCUAUCAUGCGUCUCAACAAUGUUGAAUGGAUUUUGAAAACUUUGCUAAUUUGUUUGAUACCUGCUUUGUUCACGGUAUUCCCGUCUGCUUCUUUUCCAAUCUAAGAAAAAUUGCACCUUUGUUUGGUUCCCUUGCGACAGUGAAGCGUUUUUUGAUACCAAUUGAUCCGCACUUAUGUACUUAUCAAAAAACAGAAUAGGACUGGAAAUAGAGUUGAGAAACGGUUGCUUCUUGGAAAUCCAGAACAUCGCAAUACCCUUUGGAUGAGAGAAUAAACCAUAAAAAAUCAGUGUUCAGUGAAACUGAAUCUCUCUCUGUUUUUAUUUGGUGAGAUGCCUCUUAGGACACUUUUUUGAUUAUGCCGCAAAGGAAGGGAGGAUUCCUAGUUACACAGAAGUGGCUGCUGCAAUAUAUAUCUAAAUAAUUCGAAUAUUUCUAAGCCUAUUUGGAAAGUUUAUGGAAUCCUCAAUAAAACGGUAGUUGUAGGAGCAAGAAAUAGUUGUCUCACUAUUUGCCAUUUGUCUUUGUUUGAACAUCCAUACUUUCAUUAUCAUGUUUUUUGUUGAUUUUACUUAAAAUUCCCUGGGUUAAGCAAAAGUCUGUUGUCUAAGUUAUUGUUCUUUGUGAUGCAACCUGCAGAUCCAACUUAUCCGGAUUGAAUGUAGAGUUCCAGAGUAUGGUUGGACAACACAGAAGGUCUUUCACUUUCUAAAUUUUAUCGUCAAUGCAGGUUUGAUUUCUUCGUGCUGCAUUUUUUUAUAUCUAUGGGAUGCGCAUAUUAUGAUACUGCGAAUUCUUAUUCUAUUGUUUGUUUUCUGUUCCUUUCUGCAGUUCGUUCUCUUGUUUUUGUAUUUCGUCGUAAUGUGCAGAAGCUGAGGCCCGAGGUUUGACACUUUAUUUCAGUUUUCUCUCAGAUUAAACUUCUUUUUGUUUACCUAGAGGAUCCUUAUUAGGGCGAAAUACCUCAGGUUAUUCAGCAUAUUCUCCUAGAUUUGCCUGGUCUUGCAUUCUUCACAACAUAUGCGCUCUUGGUGUUAUUCUGGGCAGAGAUCUACUAUCAGGUUGGUGUCAAGUUUUAUUUUUCAUGAUCUAAACGUGAUCAUGUGGUCCAUUAGUCUAUGCACCUCCUCCCCACUAUGUUCUCACCGCACCCUCCCGCUCCCCUCUUCUGGUUGCUGUGUGUUUGUUCUUCUGAGUGGGAAACUAUUGCAGGCUCGUGGACAAUCUACAGAUGGGCUUAGGCCGGGUUUCUUUGUGAUAAAUGCAGGCAUUUACGCACUUCAGGUAAGAUUUUUUUUGCUGGUGGUCAUCAUUAUUGGCUUUAGCAUGUGUAGGAUAUGACUGACAAGAAGAAUUGUGGGCGUAGAACUGGAAGACAUGGUUAGUGUUGCCUCGUAAGUUAAACAAGAAAAGAAAAAAUAGUGCAAAAUUAAAAUGCUCAACUAGUUAUUACUACAUGCAGCAGUUAAAGUUUAAAAAAUGAAGUAAUUCAUGUCUUUUGUGUCUGUUCGCUGAUGCAAACUAGUACUAUUGAUGACUGAAUUGGAAACUCGUUGCUAGAAAUUACUUUCUAAGUAAAUAUCUCAGGUAUGACUUAUCUAUCUUUUGAGUAUCAUCAAUCCGUAAUUCUUUGAGGAAAAUUAUGCCUGUUUUUUCCUAAUUUUGAACAUAAAAUUUUAUUCCAUCAAAUAACCGAGUGUGGUGACUUUGUAUAAGAGCUGAACUAGGGAGAUGAAUUCGUUUGUCUCCAUUGUGGAUCGAGGGAUUUUUGAAAACCGUGGAAUUCAAAUAAUUUUGGUUUCGAUAUGUGAGGGACUUCUGGGUUGUGAUCUACUGUGAAUCUAAGAACAUAUUUUUCAUGGGCCAUGACAUUAAACUCAAGGGCGUGUUUGAGUUAGCAUGCUAGAAGGUUUCUUGUGAAAUUAUUGUAAAAGGGAAUAUAACAUCUUAGUUCUAGUGAGAUGUUUAUUAGGUAUACAACCCUUUUUCCGAUGUACCUUGGAAAUAUUUCACUGAUUAAAUAAAGUGUACUGGCACUUACAUGGACUAUUUACGUUGUCUCAAAUGUGACCUGUGGUGCAGAUAAUUUUAUGGUUAUUGUUAUGGUGGAUGCCGGUCCAUGGCCUGCUUGUCCUAUCAAAAAUUUUCGUUGCAGGUUGGAUUUUCUGCCGUUUGCCCGUAACUUGGUGUUCUUUUUCGUGCUCGAAGUUACUUUACAUUAUUUUUCUCCCCCCAGGUGUCUCGCUCUUCGCUGCCCUUGGUUUUCUUGUCUAUGGAGGGAGGUAAGAUAUUGCUUUUCUGGUUUCCAGUUAUUUUUCUCGCGGAUAUUAUCUCUCUAAGCCUUUGUUUAUGGUAAAUACUUACUUACAGAUGGGUGGGAGAGGAGAAACUCUCUCUCGCACUUAUCUGUAUUCACUGAUCAAGUUCAUCUACCUCUAAGUCACUAUGCAUGCACACUAAUGUCUGACAUGAAUCAGGCGAGGUUUUGAGUCCUAAUACAUAUAUCUUAGGCAUUACAUGGCCUAUGUUUUUGAGACAUUUCUUUUCUGGCCAACCUAAUUAGAUUAUCCCCUUAUUUGUUGUUAUGUCUUCUUCCCAUGGCUCCCAUUCACAUACAUGCUGUUUCUACCCGACCAUUCAGAUGCAAGAGCUGGGUUGGAUGUGCAGGUAUGCACAUCCAAAAUCCUUCAGGGAGCAGGAUGUUCUAUCCAAAUGACGCUCAAAUACCACUCUUUCUAGGGUCCAAACAGUCUUGCUAAACAUUCAUCACCACAGAGUUCCGGUUGUUCCUGUGAAGAAGCUAGCAGGCUAAAGAAUGAAAUAAAUGAACUCCUUCAAAGAAUGAUAUGUAUCUGGUCAUGCUGACAGGCUCUACCUUAUGCUACGACGCUUCCCAGUCGAGUCCAGAGGAAGGAGGAAGAAAUUGGGGGAGGUUGGGAUCAUCUUCACUCAUUCACAUCACGCCCUUCGACGCACUCCUCUUUUCUCCUCCCUCUCUGAAAUGCCUGCUUCUGUUCGUACAAUGCAGGUUGGCUACGUCACUACCAUUUGCUUCUCAUGCUUCCUGAUUAGAUGCGUGAUGGUGAGUGCGGCUCCAAUCUACUUCUCCAUCUCGAUUGUUGUGGGCCGUCAAUCAAUGUCCUGUCUACUCUGUUCACCUUGCAGCUGUGCUUUAAUGCAUUCGACAAAGCUGCAGAUCUUGACGUCCUCAACCACCCGGUUCUGAAUUUCUUGUACUACUUGGUAAGGCAUUUGGACAUGCGUUGACUGGAUAUACUGUUAGAACAGGCACCGAUGAUCAGUCGGUGGAAGUAAUUACCCAUUUGAAAAUUUCCUUUUUUUAAUCUAUGAUUUACCGCUGUUCUUGGACCCGUUUCUUGGAUCACAGCUGGUGGAAAUCCUACCUUCGGCUCUGGUUCUGUUCAUCCUGAGGAAGCUGCCCCCAAAGCGCGACCUCGGCCAGUACCACCCCAUCCGAUGA